AUGCACAAAUUUUUGUCAGUUAAUUUUACUUGUUUGACAAUUUUGAAUUCUUUUGGGGGGAGAACAACCAAGAAUGAUAGAGCAUCAAUAGUGGGAGAUGCUAUAGAAUACAUCAAAGAACUCCUAAGAACAGUCAAUGAGCUCAAGAUUCUGGUGGAGAAGAAGAGAUGUGCCAGAGAGAGGAUCAAGAGGCCCAAGACAGAAGAUGAAACGGGGGAUGUAGAGAGUACUAAUACGAUGCCUCUCGGUGCUCAAGACCAGGCCAACAAUGGCUCAUCACUAAGGAGCUCAUGGCUUCAGAGGAAGCUCAAGAACACCGAGGUUGAUGUUCGUAUCAUCCACGAUGAAGUGACCAUCAAAUUAGUUCAGCAGAAGAGGAUCAAUUGUCUGCUGUUUGUGUCAAAAGCCCUCGAUGAGCUUCAGUUGGAUCUCCACCAUGUUGCUGGUGGACUCAUUGGUGAUAACUACAGUUUUCUUUUCAACACCAAGAUUUUUGAAGGUUCAUCUGUGUAUGCCACUGCAAUAGCCAACAAACUGAUUGAGGUUGUGGAUAGACAGUAUGCAGCUAUACCACCAACUAGUAGCUAUUAG